ACGGUGGCCAACAUUGCGUUCGCAUGUAUUUCUAACGGUACUGUCGAAACAUUAAAAAAUUCAAAGUUGGUUAGAAAGCUAAAACUAAAAAUAAAACAUAAAAAGAAACAACGCCGACCGGAAGUAAAGCCACAAUUGUGUUAGCAUCCGCGCGCAACAACAACAAAAAAAUCAACACACUGCAAUUUAACAGUAUUUUUGUUUUUAUGCUUUUGUGUUUUUUGAAUUUUAACUACGCAAACCCGUCAAAUGUAAACAGUGCCGCGGGCAUUUAGUCUACGCUUGCUGUGGCUGCGCGUGUGUGUGUGAUUUUGUAUUGCACUGUGCUUGAGUGUUUUGAUUGAAGUUGUGCGAGUUGUUGUGCUGCACUCUGUCUUAUCAAGUGAGUGGUGCUUAACGGCGCGUGUUGUUGUUUGCUCACCUCAAACGUACACACACACAUAUAUAUGUACAUACAUGCGUAUGCUCUAUGCACAUAGUAUUUAGAUUUAUUUUACGAUUUGAAAUAAACAUAAAUGUUCUAGUGAGUGUUAAUUUUAUGAACAACAACAACUGUAUAUGAAUAAUAUAUGCGAUCUGCUGCAAGAAUACUGCAAUUUACAAAAUAAUUGCAAUCCGCUAAGUCCCGCAACACAAAUAACUACACACACUCGCAAACACAUAAACUCAAUUAAAAAAGCAAAUGUCAACAGCAGCUGCAGCGUAAACGAAAAUUGACAUGUGAAUGACCUGCUAGUACAGUUAUUCGUGCAAGUGUGCAGCAACGCGUUGUGCAAAUGACGAAGCGGUGUCUGCUAUGUACAUACAUGCUGGUAAUUAGUGCAAUCAGUUAAAUGACAUUUUCACCAUUGUAAAUGCACGCCAAUUGAUGCUGUCAAUUAGGAGCGCGAGUGAACGCAGGCAACUACGAAAACUACCGCAAAACAAAAUAGCGCGUCUGUGUGCGGGUGGCAGCAAAGGACGUUGGAGUCGACGUUAGAACGGGGACAUGCUGCGAAAUUGCAUUUAAUAUACAAACAAAGACAACACAAGACAGCGUGUUGUUGCAAUUUUUUUUGACAUUUUGAUAUUCUGCACCAACGCCGAAAUUCACUUAACACCGCCAAGUUGGAAGGAAAAAAACUAUUCACGGCUGUUAAUAAUAUAUUAGCCGGUUCGAGUUUUGCCCGCGAACUCAGGCAACUAAUGACGAGAAAAACAACACCCGUCGCGGAUGAUACGGCUGCUGGCGGCGACAGCGCGGAUUCACAGCAGCUUGAAGAGGCUGCGUACUACGAGCCACCAGUUAGCUACAGUUCCGACAAAACAGCAACAACACCGCCAACACAACAACAAUGUGAGCAGCAAGCAAACAGCAUGGCUGCCGUGGACGCGGAUGCAGCGUGCACCGAAGGAGCGGUCUCGCUGCGCCAACGACGUGUCUCCGAGUUGGUGCUGGACACAUACAGCGGUUGUUCAGCGGCAGCAGCGCCAGAUUAUGACAAUGCGGCCGUGUAUGUGGAUGAGUAUGAUGAAGACGAUUUCGAAGAUGGUGUUGAUGGCGAAAACGAUUAUUAUGACGAAUCGCCAGUGCAGCGCAGCGCUAGAUUUUUACAGCCACGUAAACAGCAAAGAAAAAUCGAAUUGCAAGAGCAGGCGACGACAAGCACGGGGAAAGGUGGCGCUAAACGGUCAAAGCGACGCAUUAAGACGGCACGUCAAUUUUCACAACGCACCACUUCGACUGAGUCGACGGAGAGCGGCAUGCGUCCAUGCAUAUCGAAGGGUCAAAUGCGCGAAUUUCGUGAAGCAUUUCGCUUAUUCGACAAGGAUGGCGAUGGCUGCAUAACGAAGGAGGAGUUGGGCACCGUAAUGCGUUCAUUGGGUCAAUUCGCGCGUGUCGAGGAAUUGCAGGAAAUGCUACAGGAAAUCGAUGUGGACGGUGAUGGCAAUGUUAGUUUUGAAGAAUUUGUGGAUAUACUCUCCAACAUGACAUAUGAAGACAAAUCGGGGCUUUCCUCUGCCGAUCAGGAAGAACGUGAGCUGCGCGACGCAUUUCGCGUGUUCGACAAGCAUAAUCGUGGCUACAUAACGGCCUCAGACCUGAGAGCGGUGCUGCAGUGCUUGGGCGAGGAUUUGGAUGAAGAAGACAUUGAAGACAUGAUAAAAGAAGUAGAUGUCGACGGCGAUGGACGCAUUGAUUUUUAUGAGUUCGUGCAUGCGUUAGGUGAACCAGAAGACUCACAAGAAAAUGAUGACGAGAAUGAGGAGGAAACUACUACUUCACCAUUACCAACACCAAAAUCCGCUGUGUCGAUGACUUAUGAUUAAGCUAUGCAGAAUUUGGGACAAAACUGCUUAAAGAAAACUUCACUAAAAGAAAACUCAUAAGGAUAAUAAGCAACAAAACAAAAAA